AUGCAGACAAGCUCUGAAUUUGCCUGUUCUCUCCUUGAUAUGGAGUUGUGUUCGCGCUGUGUUUGGGAAUUCGAGCCAGCUGUUUUUAGCUCACUAAUGUAUGUGUCUUAUCUUGUUUUAGAAUUAGAGCAGGCGCCACCUUACCUCCAACAGGAGUUCAAGAUCAUAAGGGAUCUUGACCAAAAAGUUCAGGAUAUUACAAGUGAAGCGCAGACGAAAACAGACGAACUUUUGCGCAUUGCAAAAGAUCUACCCAGAGAAGAACGAGUUAGACGCCUAAAUGAGAUACAACGCCUUUUUCAGACAGCCGAAGAAAUAUGUAAUGACAAAGUUUCCAGGGCUGAAAGCAUAUACGAGCUUGUGGAUAGACAAAUUCAGCGUCUUGAUGCCGAUAUGAUUGAGUUUAAAAAAUCCUCCGUCCUAAAAGAAAUGAAGAUGCGAAACAAGACUGGCGUUAGCGUCCCUUCAAGGUUAGCGAGUUCCUACACUGUUCAUCACGUUUGGCGCUUCUUAAGCGUAAUCUUGAACUUUAGAAUGCCUGCUUCGGCAGCUCUUGCUCUAGCUUUGACAAAUAACCCUGGUGAUGUCCUCGAUAUGCCAAUCGACCCAAAUGAACCAACCUACUGCACUUGUAAGCAGGUGUCCUAUGGAGAAAUGGUUGCUUGCGACAACCGAGAUUGCCCCAUCGAAUGGUUCCAUUUCGGUUGUGUUGGUCUUACAGCUAAGCCUCGGGGCCAGUGGUUUUGUCCGCAGUGCUCCGCCCUUCGAAAUGACGGCAAAUGA